AUGGCGGGUUCACUACUGUUAGAAUCGAAGAUAAAUCCAAAUACUGCAUAUCAAAAACAGCAGGACACCCUGAUUGUUUGGUCAGAAGCAGAAAACUAUGAUUUAGCACUGAGUUUUCAAGAAAAAGCUGGCUGUGAUGAAAUUUGGGAAAAAAUCUGCCAGGUUCAAGGUAAGGAUCCUUCAGUGGAAGUCACACAGGACCUUAUUGAGUCAGAAGAGGAACACAUAGAAGAAAUGCCUGAAACUAGUCCUUUGAUCGACCUUCCUACUUGUGAACUCAAUAAACUUGAAGAGAUUGCUGACCUAGUUACCUCUGUUCUCUCCUCACCCAUCCGUAGAGAAAAGCUAGCACUGGCCUUGGAGAAUGAAGGCUACAUUAAAAAACUAUUACAGCUUUUCCAAGUCUGCGAGAAUUUAGAGAACACAGAAGGCUUACAUCAUUUGUAUGAAAUUAUUAGAGGAAUUUUGUUCCUCAACAAAGCAACUCUGUUUGAGGUGAUGUUUUCUGAUGAGUGUAUUAUGGAUGUUGUUGGAUGCCUUGAGUAUGAUCCUUCUUUGGCUCAGCCAAAACGGCACAGGGAGUUCUUGACCAAAACAGCAAAAUUUAAGGAGGUUAUUCCUAUAACAGACUCUGAACUCAGGCAAAAAAUCCACCAGACUUACAGGGUACAGUAUAUUCAGGACAUCAUCUUGCCGACGCCAUCUGUUUUUGAAGAGAAUUUUCUUUCUACGCUCACUUCCUUUAUUUUCUUCAACAAAGUUGAGAUUGUCAGUAUGUUGCAGGAAGACGAGAAAUUUUUGUCUGAAGUUUUUGCACAAUUAACAGAUGAAGCUACAGAUGAUGACAAACGAUGUGAAUUGGUUAACUUUUUCAAGGAAUUCUGCGCGUUUUCUCAGACGUUACAACCUCAGAACAGAGAUGCAUUUUUCAAAACUUUGGCAAAGCUGGGAAUUCUUCCAGCUCUUGAAAUUGUAAUGGGAAUGGAUGAUCUGCAAGUUAGAUCUGCUGCUACAGAUAUAUUUUCUUAUCUAGUAGAAUUUAGUCCAUCCAUGGUCCGAGAAUUUGUAAUGCAAGAGGCCCAGCAGAGUGAUGAUGAUAUCCUCCUCAUCAAUGUGGUCAUUGAGCAGAUGAUCUGCGAUACUGAUCCUGAGCUUGGGGGAGCUGUUCAGUUAAUGGGGCUCUUGCGUACUCUGAUAGAUCCAGAGAAUAUGUUGGCCACAGCUAAUAAAACAGAAAAAAGUGAAUUUCUCAAUUUCUUCUACAACCAUUGUAUGCACGUUCUUACUGCACCGCUUCUGGCUAAUACAUCAGAAGAUAAAUGUGAAAAAGAUGCAGUAGUUGGGUCCACUAAGAGUAAUACAAUUUGUCCUGAUAAUUAUCAAACGGCACAACUACUUGCCUUAAUUUUGGAGCUGCUUACUUUUUGUGUGGAACACCACACGUAUCACAUCAAGAAUUACAUUAUGAACAAAGAUUUGCUAAGAAGAGUGCUGGUCUUGAUGAAUUCAAAGCACACGUUUCUGGCCUUGUGUGCUCUUCGCUUUAUGAGGAGGAUAAUUGGCCUAAAAGAUGAAUUUUAUAACCGUUAUAUCACCAAGGGAAAUCUGUUUGAACCAGUUAUAAAUGCUCUGUUGGAUAAUGGAACUAGGUACAAUCUGCUCAACUCUGCUGUGAUUGAGCUGUUUGAGUUCAUCAGAGUGGAAGAUAUUAAGUCCCUUAUUGCACAUAUAGUUGAAAACUUUUAUAAUGCACUUGAAUCUAUCGAAUAUGUUCAGACAUUCAAGGGACUGAAGACAAAAUAUGAGCAAGAAAAAGACCGACAAAACCAGAAACUGAACAGUGUUCCAUCUAUAUUGCGUAGCAAUAGAUUUCGCAGAGAUGCAAGAGCCUUAGAGGAGGAUGAAGAAAUGUGGUUCAAUGAAGACGAAGAGGAAGAAGGUGAAGCUGUUGUACCUCCGGUUGAGAAGUCAAAACAGGAGGAUGAUUUUCCAGAUAGCUAUGAAAAAUUUAUGGAAACUAAAAAAGCUAAGGAGAGUGAAGACAAAGAGAAUCUUCCAAAAAGGACUUCAGCUGGGGGAUUCAAAUUCACUUUUUCCCACUCAGCCAGCGCAGCCAAUGGUGCAAAUGGUGCAAACAGUAAAUCCGUGGCAGCUCAGACGUCACCAGCAAGCUCCAACGGCUCCUCUUCAAAGAACGCGACCCUGACCACAGCGGUGACAGCCACGAAGGGAAGUCUAGUUGGCCUAGUGGAUUAUCCUGAUGAUGAGGAUGAUGAUGAAGAGGAGGAGACAUCUCCAAGGAAAAGACCUCGUCUGGGUUCAUAAACGAAACCAAAACUUUGGAAUAAAAACUUUUAUUAUGGGGUUUCAAAUGCUGCAACUGUUUUAAGAGCUAAAAAGAGUCUGAUUCAGAAAGCUUUCUCCCAUGAGUUUAUAAGAUAAUACAAGGAGUAGCAAAAGAAACUCGGUAUAUCAGCUAGAAAGGGUUAGUUCUGUAAACACAAAGCUUCCAAGGAACUUAAUAUCUUUCUAGUAAGCAAGGAGUCUGCCAUUCAGGCUGUCAAAAAAAUUAAAAAUUAAAAAAAAAAGUGGGUUAGUAUUCACAGAACCUGGAUGAUGGCUUCUCAGCAAGGAAAGUCUCAGGUGUCGGGAGGGCAGGGGGAGGGAAAGGUAUGGUAAACACUUUUUUAAAAAUAUUGCAGGGUUUCCCCGGUGUUUAACAGAACUAGGAAAAAAAAAAUAAUAAUUCAAGCUUAAAUUUUGAACCCAGUAAUCUUAAUUUUGUAAUGGUGCUGUCAGUUGUGUUCUUUUAGCAAUGCCUCUUUUAAAAAAAAUUUUAAGGGAAAACUAACUCUGUUUGCAUAAGAACAAUCCAGAUUUUGGGACCAUUUAUUACCAAUUAAAUCGCAUUUCUCAUGGUUGGAGGGAGGGACGCUGCAGUUACGGUGCACGUUGAGUUGUUUCAAACCGUUAAAAAUAAGUUUUAAUUUGCAUUUUUCAAGAGGAGAAAAUGGAAGCGGGACACAAAAUGGAUGGCUUUGGUUGCUUUUUCGAUUAGACAUCCAGUAAUUCCUAUGCCAAGGAGCGAUCGCUUCCACACUAUCUCCAGGAGCUGCUCGUGUCAAAGUGGUGCUGUACGCGGCGCACCCGCGUAGCUGUCGGCUUCGCGCCGUGGAAGAUACCGGAUUGGAAUCACUCCCCGGGGUGUCACGUGAGCUGUCCCUUCGCGGAGCAGCCAGCCAUUUUCCUGUUUGCGAGUUUAAAUUGCGUAACUGAGGUGGUAGUAAGCAACACUAACAGGUUUUUCAUAGCGAUGAAUUUAGCGGCGUUUUAACACCAAAGUCACUUUGGACCAAGACGGCAUUAUUCCUAACAGAACACCGGUCUCUGAGGCAGAAUCAACAAGCGGCACCUGAAUCCGGGUGUAAUACGAAAGCUGCUUUUUUUAAAAAACAAAAGCACAUUCCACGUAGUAGGUAAGCAAACCGCGACAAAAAUAGGUGAGUCGACGGCGAGUUGGUAGAGGCAAACAGGCCAGGUUUUCUUUUCAAGAGCAGCAAGCGAACUGUAAAUAUUUUAAUGUUGGUUUGCCCGUAUGUGAUCUGAGAUCAUGACGAAGCGAGAGGAAAUUUCCCAACGACAAUUAAUGUGUCAGAAAUGUUAAAAUAUAAAGCCAGCUGCAAUCCACCACAUAGAUCACUCUUGUAAUAUGUGUUAUGGGUCCAUUUCUCCUGGAAUAGUUUAAACUGAAGCAGUUUCUCUGUUUUGGAGAUUUUUGUAGUUAAUUUUAGCUAUUGUUUGGAAAAAGAUGGGCUGUCUGUGUAGAUAUGAAGUAUAGUUUUUUCCAUAAAACAGAAGUUUAUUUUGUAUUAAAAAUACCACUGUACUUGUUUUACACCAUUUGUAUACAUGUGGUGAUAUUAAUGCUGAACUGUAAAAUUCAGGAAUUAAAAUGUGACCCUGUAAUUCCAUAAUUACCGCUUUUGUUUGGUUUGUUGUACACGGUAAGUUAACUCGGAGUUUUACAUGUGGCCAUUUUAGAGUCUUUUUUAAGAUUAGUUAUCCAUGCAGUUUUAAAAGUAACUCUAUACCACUAGAUGAAAUCCCAGAGGGAGCGCGCGAGUUCUUCCCGCCGCGUAAGCUAGACGCAAGCGUUCUGACGGAUGACAGUUCACGCCCGUGGACCCGGGGACAGUGGUGGGUGCCCUUUGCGGGCUCCAGGCAACCAAGAAUGGGACUCCUCGUUUCUCACCUGUGCGAUGAAAGGCCCCGUAAGCUCCCAACGCGGAGGAUCCGAGGAAGUGUUCGCCGGUAAAGCGGAGCCGCAGUCUCAUCGCCGUGCGCUCGCCCGCCCGCCCGCUGACGGCCAUCUGGUUUUCUUCCUGACGAGUCUCUUCUCUCCGUUGGUAACGAUGACCCAGCGCUACGCACGCUACUCGAGCAGCAGCGUCACGCAGUAUGUGCCUUUACUAACCUGAGGCUGAAAAAUUGCGUCGCCUGGCCUGCGGCCCCGAGUUGUCCCGAUUCUCUUUAACAGCUACCCAAAACGAGUUCUCCGAGGGUCUCCGACGGAAGCGUGGUAGUUCUUACUCUGUCCCCCACCACCCCAACUCUUCCCUGAAGUACUGUCAGGAGCUUUAAAAAUACAUUCAGACCGACAUGAGGUGGUUUUUUACAGCAAAAACAAGAAUGUCAUGAAUUUUUAUAGUUACUAGAAAAAGACUGUGUAAAGUGGCAUUAGAUGUCCC